GAAGGAAUUCUAUUUUACGCGAAAGAAGAAAAGAGAGAGAGAGAGAGAGAGAGAGAGAGAGAGGGGGGUUGCAGAGGCAGAAUAAGUGGUGGUGGUGGUGGUAACGGAGAAGAGAGGCAGAGGCAGAGGCAGAAGAAGAAGGAGAAGAAGAACCCUAACCUCUGUCUCCGUUUUGUGAGAGAAAAUGAGUGGUCACAUAACGAGGAGGAACAGUGGCUCUCACAAAAGGCCUCCGUCCAUGCCUAAGAAGUCCGAAAACGGAAUCGCCAGCGAACCUUCUAGCAAACCUUCUUCUCCUCCCGCUCAAGAGUCUGAUGGUGGAGAAAGGACGGUGAAGAAGCUUCGGUUGUCAAAAGCUCUCACUAUAUCCGAGGGGACAACAGUUUAUGAAGCAUGUCGGCGAAUGGCAGCUCGACGUGUUUCAGCUGUUUUGUUGACUGAUGCAAAUGCUUUACUCUCUGGAAUCGUGACUGACAAGGACAUUGCUACUAGAGUUAUAGCUGAGGGUUUACGACCAGAACAGACAUUAGUGUCAAAAGUAAUGACUCGGAAUCCUAUAUUUGUGGCAUCCGAUACACUAGCCAUCGAAGCUCUUCAGAAGAUGGUCCAAGGAAAAUUCAGGCACCUCCCUGUUGUGGAAAAUGGUGAAGUCAUUGCCAUACUGGAUAUCACCAAAUGUCUUUAUGAUGCCAUAUCUAGGGUGGAGAAGGCUGCUGAGCAGGGGAGUGCCAUUGCUGCUGCAGUGGAAGGGGUGGAACGCCAGCGGGGUAGCAAUGCAUCUGCUCCAAAUGCUUUGAUAGAAACAUUGAGGGAGCGCAUGUUCAAGCCUUCCCUGUCAACUCUAAUUGGUGAAAAUACAAAGUUUGCUAUUGCAUCAGCUGCCGAUCCUGUCUAUGUAGCUGCAAAAAAGAUGCGGGAGUUGCGCGUUAAUUCGGCUGUUGUUGUGUCCCAGUCGGGAACCAAGAUUCAGGGGAUACUCACUUCUAAGGACAUACUUAUGCGUGUUGUGGCUCAAAAUCUUUCUCCUGAGUUGACUCUAGUGGAAAAGGUAAUGACUCCAAACCCAGAUUGUGCAUCAGUUGAUACAACAAUAAUUGAUGCUCUGCAUAUGAUGCAUGAUGGGAAGUUUUUACAUCUUCCUGUGCUAGACAGAGAUGGAUAUGUUUCUGCUUGUGUGGAUGUUUUGCAGAUAACCCAUGCUGCAAUUUCCAUGGUUGAGAGUGGCUCUGGAGCUGUUAAUGAUGUGGCAAAUACAAUUAUGCAAAAAUUUUGGGAUUCUGCUUUUGCUCUAGAGCCACCAGAAGAUUCUGAUACUCAUAGUGAAGUUUCUGGGCUAAUGACAUCAGAUGGGGCAGAUACAGCAAAGUCUGCAUAUCAAUCUGUAGCUUUUGGAAAUUCAUUUGCCUUCAAAUUUGAGGAUCUCAAUGGUUUUGUGCAUCGAUUCAACUGUGGUUCUGAACAUCUAGAUGAGCUAGUAUCUGCUGUCAUGCAGAGAAUCGAUGUUAAUGAUGGAGAACACCCUACAAUUUUGUAUGAGGAUGAUGAAGGUGAUAAAAUUAUUCUUUCAACUGAUAGUGAUCUUGUAGCUGCUGUCAGCUAUGCUAGAUCUGCAGGAGUGAAGGCUUUAAAGUUGCAUUUGGAGUUUGGCAAUUCAGCCAAACCAACAACACCACAAUCUGGUACAGCCAUUAGACAGAAAACUAGUCCUUUGUCUUUACGUUCUGGUAUUUUUGCAGGUGCUAUUGUUAUAACUAGCGUUGCUGUGUUGGUCUACUUAAAGCGCUCCAAACAGUGAUGUGUUGUAAGUUUGGGGG